UUUCCCCGCGACGUAGCAGCGUGCUUGUGUUCGCGACAGAGACAAGGAAAGAUGGCGACGCAGGAGAGCCAAGCGCCUAAAGCAGCCGUCAGCAAUGGCGAGGUUAGCAGUAAUGGAAGUCCUGCGACAACAGACGGCCAGAUCGUGCAGACGACCGAAAAUGCGCUGGACCCCCAGCAGGAGCAACAGCCGCAGCAACAACCACAACAAGCACCUAAUGCCUGGCAGGUCAUUAAAGGAGUGCUCUUCAGAAUUUUUAUCAUCUGGGCCAUCAGUAGCUGGUUCCGUCGAGGGCCGUCCACUCCAGACCCCAACGCAGCGGCUGGAGCACCCAGAGUACCCAGCAGGAACCUUUUCACUAAGGACACCCUCAUGGACCUGUACGUUUACAUCUCUCAAGACGAGGUGUUCACCGACUUCAACAACACCGAUUCGCUCUUCUGGUUCCACCGCGACCUCGUCUACGGAGACUGGUCCACGGGGGACGAAGGGGACGGCUGCUAUGAGCACUAUAAGGAUAUGGCUAUCCCCGAGGCGGUGCAGCAGAACGGCUCCCUCUAUAUUCACGUCUAUUUCACCAAGAGCGGACUGCACCCGGACCCAAAGCGCAAAGGGCAGUAUCGCAGACUGGCGACCGUUCACGCCUCGCGAAUGCUAAACAAAUUCAAGCGGAGGAAGUUCAUGAAGACCAAGAAUCUACUCACAGGGGAGACGGAAGCAGAUCCAGAGAUGAUCAAGCGGGCAGAGAGCCACGGUCCAGUGGAAAUCAUCUCUCACUGGCACCCCAACCUCACCAUCAACAUGGUGGACGACCACACGGCUUGGGUGAAAGGCUCCGUCCCACCCCCGCUGGACCAGCAUGUAAAGUUUGAUGCGGUGAGCGGCGACUACUACCCGAUAGUGUACUUCAAUGACUACUGGAACCUUCAGAAGGACUACUACCCCAUCAAUGAUACCUUGAGCGCACUGCCACUACGCCUCAACUACUGCCCGCUGUCCUUAUGGCGCUGGCAGCUCUACGCUGCCCAGAACGCUCGCUCGCUGUGGAACUUCCUGCCUGAGGACACCUACGAGCAGUCGGAUGAGGAUCAGGACUCUGUCAAGGUGGCCCUACUGGAAACCAACCCCUACCUCCUCGGACUGACUAUCGUGGUCUCCAUCGUGCAUAGCAUCUUCGAGUUUCUGGCCUUCAAGAACGACAUCCAAUUCUGGAACAGCAGACAGUCAUUGGAAGGCCUCUCUGUGCGCUCCAUCAUUUUCGGGGUGUUCCAGUCGCUGGUGGUGCUCCUCUACAUUCUCGACAACGAGACCAACUUUGUGGUGCAGGUCAGCGUCUUCAUCGGCCUUCUUAUCGACCUCUGGAAAAUCACCAAGGUCAUGGAUGUCAAAUUGGACAGAGAGAAUAAAAUCGCAGGAUUAGUCCCGAGACUCGUGUUCAAAGACAAGUCCACAUACGUGCAGUCUUCAACCAAAAUCUAUGACGACAUGGCCUUCAAGUACUUGUCAUGGCUGCUUUACCCUCUGUUUGGCUGCUACGCCAUCUACAGCUUAUUGUAUGUGGAGCACAAAGGCUGGUACUCAUGGGUACUAAGCAUGCUCUACGGCUUCUUGCUAACCUUUGGCUUCAUCACAAUGACGCCGCAGCUAUUCAUCAACUACAAAAUGAAAUCAGUGGCCCACCUCCCGUGGAGGAUGCUCACGUACAAGGCGCUGAAUACCUUCAUCGAUGACCUAUUUGCCUUUGUCAUCAAGAUGCCCAUGAUGUACAGGAUAGGAUGCCUCAGAGACGACGUGGUCUUCUUCGUCUACCUGUAUCAGCGCUGGAUAUAUCGAGUGGACCCCAACAGGGUCAACGAGUACGGCACCAGCGGAGUGGAACAACCGCAGCAGAAUAACGCAGCAGCAGCAGCAGCAGGUGAUGCCCAGGCGGCAGCCAUCACAGACAAACCAGACAAGGAGAAAAAGAACGAAUAAGCAAGACAUUGACGCCUUCCCCACACGUUCGGCCUCCCUGGCUUUCGGGGCAAAGAGGACUUAGGCAGAUGGGGUCGGCUGUCAAGGACAAAAGAGAAAGGAAAAAAAAAAUGCAGUUCAACUGUACUCUCCGAUUCCUGUAUGGGUCCACAGAGAAUCAUCUUCAUUGUAGACUUGGUAAAUUUUAAUUUUUCUUCCCCACCCGCUCGUUUUACAGUUCAAGUGAAGUAAAACAAAAUGUGAUGUAUUCUGUUUGAUUUUGGGCGGGUACAAGUGUCUUGGAAAUGAAGAUGGCGGAGUUUGAGUUUAGACAUUUUUUGUAUACAUGGAAGAAAGAAGCCUAGUGAAGCAUUUCUUCUUUGUGUAAGUCCCAUGUGAAUCUAAUUUUCAUUCCACGUGAGAAUUGAAUUGUUGGAGGAAAACUGGAAAAUCACCUUGGGAUGAUGCCAACGGGACAUCGACAAGACCGUGACUACGACCUUUAAUUUUAAACAAAUUGUUCAUGUUCUAAACUGGAACAGAGAAAAAAAAGCAGCCUUGUUGGUAUUAAUAUAAAUAUAAAUAUUGUCAAUGAGUUUU